AUGUACCUUAGCUGGUCACUACAGGCUAUGUCCUCUGUUCUACACUGCCUGAUGCACAAGUACUUAGCAUAUUACAAUUACUAUAAUCUUAUUAGGAAGAAUAAAGAUAGUAAGAGUUCCUACUGCGUGCCAGGCAUCGCUCAAGGCUUUAAGAAUGCACUUGUUUUGCGCUUCCAGAGCUUUGCUGCAGAGACAGCAGUGUCCAUACUUAAUUCACAGUCAAGUAAGGAACAGAUGAGAAAAAUGUCUAUUCAUACUUUGCAAUCAACUGAAAAAGACAUGAAAAAAGGUGCUCACAAUGAGAAUUUAAUGACUAAUUUAGCAAAUGCUUAUGCUUCAGAUUUGCUGCCAUCCAAAAAUGGCAAAGAAUUAACAAAUUAUUUUCUGCGACAAGUGGUAGAUGUUCUCCUGCAUUACAUUAAAAAAACCUUUGAUGUUAAGAGUAAAAUACUGGACUUCCAUCACCCUCAUCAACUCCUUGAAGGUUUGGAUGGGUUCAGCUUAGAACUGCCUGACCACCCUGAAUCCCUGGAGCAGUUGCUUGUUGAUUGCACAGAUACGUUAAAGUAUGGUGUUAAAACAGGACAUCCUCGCUUUUUUAACCAGCUCUCCAGUGGGUUAGACAUGAUUGGACUAGCAGGGGAAUGGUUGACAGCUACUGCCAAUACCAACAUGUUUACAUAUGAAAUAGCCCCAGUAUUUACUGUCAUGGAGACCAUUGUUCUCAAGAAAAUGUAUGAAAUUAUUGGCUGGAAAGAAACAGAAGCAGAUGGACUGUUUUCACCUGGUGGGAGUAUAUCAAACCUCUAUGGAAUAUUAGUAGCUCGUUACAAGCAAUAUCCAGAGAUAAAAACAAAAGGCAUGACUGCACUUCCACACAUUGUAUUAUUUGUUUCUGAACAAGGUCAUUAUUCAGUAAAAAAAGCUGCAGCCAUCCUUGGCAUUGGAACUGAUAAUGUGAUUGAAGUAAAAUGUGAUGAAAGGGGAAGGAUGAUUCCAGCUGAGUUAGAGAAAAAUAUAGCACAAGCUAAAAGAAAGGGCCAAACUCCAUUUUUCGUCAGCACCACAGCUGGCACCACAGUGUAUGGCGCCUUUGACCCUCUCUGUGACAUCGCUGAUAUUUGUGAGAAGCACAAACUCUGGAUGCAUGUGGAUGCAGCUUGGGGAGGUGGAUUGCUGCUGUCCAGAAGCCAUUCCUAUAAACUCAGGGGCAUUGAAAGGGCCAACUCUGUGACCUGGAAUCCACACAAACUAAUGGGUGCCCCCCUUCAAUGCUCUGCUAUCCUGAUCCAAGAAAAAGAUCUUCUGGAAGCAUGCAACCAGAUGAGAGCAGGAUAUCUUUUCCAGCCAGAUAAACUCUAUAAUGUUGAAUUUGACACAGGUGAUAAAACCAUACAGUGUGGCCAACAUGUUGAUAUCUUCAAGCUAUGGUUAAUGUGGAAAGCAAAGGGAACCUAUGGUUUUGAGGCACAGAUCAACAAACAUAUGGAACUUGCCAAAUACUUUUAUAAGGUUUUAAAGGAACGAGAUAACUUUAAACUUGUGUUUGAUGCAGAACCUGAGUUCACCAAUGUCUGCUUCUGGUACUUACCACCAAGACUUAAACAUAUCCCAAAAGGUUUUGAAAGAGAUCAAGAACUCCAAAAGAUUGCUCCAAAGAUUAAAGCUCUGAUGAUAGAAGAAGGCUCAGCCAUGAUAAGCUACCAGCCAUGUGGGGACAAAGUAAAUUUUUUCCGAAUGGUCUUUUCAAAUCCUGCCACCACGCAAACAGAUGUUGACUAUCUUAUUGAGGAAAUUGAAAGGCUUGGGAAGGAUUUAUGA